ACAGCCGAGGCAACGAGAACAGACUAGCACUACGACAAACCAUUCUCCGGGAGAAGGGGAGGAGACAGGCCAGUCGAGGGCCAGCAUAUAUGUUUAAUGACCACUCAACAAGUCUUUCUCUUGAGGAAGAACGCUUCUUGGAUGCAGCAGAAUAUGGAAAUAUCCCAGUGAUUCGCAAAAUGCUGGAAGAAUGUCCCUCGCUCAAUGUAAAUUGUGUGGACUACAUGGGGCAGAAUGCCUUGCAGUUAGCAGUUGCUAAUGAGCACCUGGAGAUCACAGAACUUUUGCUGAAAAAGGAGAACCUAUCUCGGGUUGGGGAUGCCUUGCUUUUGGCUAUUAGCAAAGGUUAUGUUCGGAUAGUAGAAGCUAUCCUAAACCAUCCCGCAUUUGCUGAAGGCAAGAGACUUGCAUUAAGUCCUAGCCAGUCAGAGCUCCAGCACGAUGACUUCUAUGCAUAUGAUGAAGAUGGAACACGGUUUUCUCAUGAUGUUACACCAAUCAUUCUGGCUGCUCACUGCCAUGAGUAUGAGAUUGUCUACACUCUACUGAGAAAAGGGGCUCGGAUUGGUAGACCACAUGACUAUUUCUGCAAGUGCAGUGAAUGCAACCAGAAACAAAAGCAUGACUCUUUCAGCCAUUCUAGGUCCAGAAUCAAUGCCUACAAAGGUCUGGCCAGCCCUGCUUAUUUGUCUUUAUCCAGUGAAGACCCUGUAAUGACUGCCUUAGAGCUAAGCAAUGAGCUGGCUGUGCUUGCCAACAUUGAAAAAGAGUUUAAGAAUGAUUACAAGAAAUUGUCUAUGCAAUGCAAGGAUUUUGUAGUUGGACUCCUUGAUCUGUGCAGAAAUACAGAAGAAGUGGAAGCUAUCUUGAAUGGUGACGUAGAGACAAGCCACAGCAGUAAUGGAGAACACGGUCGCCCCAGCCUUAGCCGCUUAAAACUCGCAAUCAAAUAUGAAGUAAAAAAAUUUGUAGCACAUCCAAACUGCCAGCAACAACUCCUCUCCAUCUGGUAUGAGAAUCUGUCAGGUUUACGGCAGCAGACUAUGGCGGUGAAGUUUCUGGUUGUUCUUGCCGUUGCAGUAGGACUGCCAUUCCUUUCAAUGGCUUACUGGAUUGCCCCUUGCAGUAAGCUGGGAAGGAUAAUGCGUGGACCAUUUAUGAAGUUUGUAGCCCAUGCAGCUUCUUUUACCAUUUUUCUUGGUCUGCUUGUCAUGAAUGCAGCUGACAGAUUUGAUGGCACCAAGCUCCGGCCCAAUGAAACUACAGGCAAUGUAAAACAGCUAUUUAGAAUGAAAACAUCAUGUUUCUCAUGGAUGGAGAUGUUAAUUAUUUCCUGGGUAAUAGGCAUGAUAUGGUCUGAAUGUAAAGAAAUUUGGUCUCAAGGUCCAAAGGAAUAUCUUUUUGAAUUAUGGAAUAUGCUUGAUUUUGGUAUGUUAGCAAUUUUUGCAGCAUCAUUCAUAGCAAGGUUUAUGGCAUUUUGGCACGCGUCCAGAGCCCAGAACCUGGUUGAUACAAAUAUGAAAGAUCUGUCAAGUCCAACACUGGAGCCCAACAUAAAAUACUACACCUUAGCCAGAAUCAACUGGGAUCCAUCAGAUCCACAAAUCAUAUCUGAAGGCCUGUAUGCAAUUGCAGUAGUGCUGAGUUUCUCCAGAAUAGCCUAUAUCUUACCAGCCAACGAAAGCUUUGGGCCACUGCAGAUAUCACUUGGCAGAACUGUGAAAGAUAUCUUCAAGUUCAUGGUGAUAUUUAUCAUGGUGUUUGUAGCUUUCAUGAUAGGAAUGUUUAAUCUCUACUCCUACUAUCUGGGAGCGAAACAAAAUGAAGCAUUUACAACUGUUGAAGAAAGUUUCAAGACAUUGUUCUGGGCUAUAUUUGGACUGUCAGAAGUUAAAUCAGUUGUUAUCAAUUAUAAACACAAGUUCAUUGAAAAUAUUGGCUACGUUCUUUAUGGAGUCUAUAAUGUUACCAUGGUCAUUGUCUUACUGAAUAUGCUUAUUGCCAUGAUUAACAGCUCAUUUCAGGAAAUUGAGGAUGAUGCUGAUGUAGAGUGGAAAUUUGCAAGGGCUAAACUUUGGUUUUCUUACUUUGAAGAAGGGAGGACUCUGCCAGUACCCUUCAACUUAGUGCCAAGUCCAAAAUCUUUACUGUAUCUCUUACUCAGACUCAAAAAAUGGAUCACUAAACCAUUUAUGUGCCAAAAGAAAAGCUUCCAGGAAGAUGCAGAGAUGAACAAGCUCGGUCAAAGGAAGCAAUCAAGUAUAAGAACUUCUGAUGAAAUCCAUUUAAAUAGUUUAAACAAUCCUCCAAGACAAUAUCAGAAAAUAAUGAAGCGUCUGAUUAAAAGAUAUGUACUGAAAGCUCAGAUAGAUAAGGAAAGUGAUGAAGUCAAUGAAGGUGAACUGAAGGAGAUUAAACAGGACAUUUCAAGUCUCCGGUAUGAACUCCUUGAGGAAAAAUCUCAAAAUUCAGAAGAUUUGGCAGAACUUAUAAGGAAACUUGGGGAAAAACUGUCAAUCAACUCUAAAGAAGAAAGCAAGAGAUAACCAAACAUUUAUGAAAUGCAACAGAACAUUAAUCCACUCAAAGCCAUAUUUCUGUUUUUCUCAAGUCUAGCUCACAUUUCUAUUAUGGAUUCAGAAAUUACAUCAUUCCAGUUCUUUACUGGAAAUCACAGUGGCAAAUCCUCUGUGGCCAUGGUAAACGACUUGAUAUUUAUUUAUUCAUUACCUGUUGAAGAGAUAGUUUUAGAUCAUUUUAAUAUUCAAUUUACCUCUUUUAGAAUGUGAGUGGAAUCUUAAUAAGCCCAAACAUGAAAGAUUAAAAACAUAAAUCCAAACUUCUCCUACAUUAACUGGUUGUUUUUCCAAAUUUCAGUUAAUAGACAUUCAUACAUUUGUUUUAAUGAACCAGAAGAGGAAUAUUCUAGUCUUUUACAUAUUUAUGUCAAAAUCUAUUUAAUUUUUCAAGCAUUCCCAAUUAG